AAGACCACACCGGAGAUGCGAGAUCGGAGAUGAAGACAGUCGCCGGAGUCUUUAUUGCUGAAGCAGGAUCAGAGAAACAUGGGGUCUCCAUCCAGAGAGUAACAUCGCCGUGCGCCGUCGACGACUCCACCGGACAUGGCGCAUCUGAUGGUCCAAGAGAGUCUCUUGCCAUCAACGAAGUCCGAAGCUGGCGGCUUUGGCGUAGAUCGAGCGAACAGAGAGUGAGACGGGAGGGCAAACGCCGGACCCCAUCGCCUUCCUCCGUCGCUGGAGAUUGAGUCGCCGUUGGAAGCCUUUGAGGGAGAUAAGGUUUUCUUCCAGGAGUCGAAUCUGGUGUUGAAGGUAAUUCUCACUGUUUCUUCACCACUUUGUUCUACUGUACAUAUGUUGUAUUAUAUCUCUCAAAUGUAUUUUUUGAAUAACACAGGCAUGCUUGUUGGUGGCAAAAGAAGGAUUACAGUUCCUCCACUUAUGGGGUAUAUGUUUCCUGAGUCUUACUAGUUGAUCAUUUUGCACAUUUGUUUAACCUCAUGGUGAGAAUGGUAAUAUUCUUGUCUGAUUCACACAGGUAUGGCAAGGGCGGUGAUGGUAAACUGGUUCCUCCUAAUGCUUGGCUAGUUUUUGAAGUCGAACUGCUUGAUGUUAGGUAAAAAAACCUGCUCCAUUUAGAUAUUAAAAUCUAUGUGGCCUG